CCCAGCGCCCCCAGCCCAUCGCACCCAAGGCCCUCAGCGAUCGCCGGAGCCCGGGCCCCCCUCGCGCCGGCGGUCGCCAAUCAUGGCCACCACCCCCGCUGAGGAGCUGGCGCCUGGGCUGCCUACCACCACCCCCGACGAGAAGCCGGCGCCUGCGCCUGCGCUGCCUACCACCACCCCCGCCGAGGAGCCGGCGCCUGCGCUGCCUAGUACCACCACCACCCCCUCCGAGGAGCCGGCGCGUGGGCUGCCUCUGCCUCCUCCCAAAGGUCUCGGCGACGAGCCGCAGCCGCGGCGGCGGCGCCCGUGCGUGCUCCUCAGCUUCGCAGCCGCGCGCGACCGCUUCCUCCGGGGCCGGUUCCUCUCCGCGGGCCUGCGCCCCUUCUCCGUGCGCCUCCCUUCGCUGGCGGGCACCAGCACCGUCGUCCACCUCUGGGCGCCCCCGCGGCCCGCGCGGCGGCCCGUGCUCCUCCUCCACGGCUUCGGCGCCUCGGCGACGUGGCAGUGGGCGCCGUACCUCCGCAGCCUCCUCGCGGCCGGCCUCGACCCCAUCGUCCCGGACCUCCUCUUCUUCGGCGCCUCCUCGUCCACGGUCCCCGACCGGUCCGACACCUUCCAGGCCAGGACCGUGAAGGCCGCCAUGGACGGCAUGGGCGUGCGCCGGUUCGCCGUCGUCGGCGUCAGCUACGGCGGCUUCGUCGGGUACCGGAUGGCCGCCAUGUACCCGGAGGCCGUGGAACGGGUGGUCCUGGUGUCGUCGGGGGUGUGCCUGGAGGAGGCGGACCUCGCUGCGGGCCUGUUCCCCGUCGCCGACGUCGGGGAGGCGGCCGCGCUGCUCGUCCCCCGGCGGCCUGCGGAGGUGCGGCGGCUCGUCAAGCUCACCUUCGUCCGACCGCCGCCCAUCAUGCCGUCGUGCUUCCUCAAGGAUUACAUCAAUGUGAUGGGCUCAGAUCAUCUUCAGGAGAAGACCGAGCUUCUGCAUGCUCUCAUCAACGGCAGGAAACUAUCAGAUCUUCCAAAAAUAAACCAGCCAACGUUGAUCAUUUGGGGGGAGCAGGAUCAGGUUUUUCCUAUGGAGCUGGCGCAUAGGUUGGAGAGGCAUCUUGGGGAGAAUUCUAGAUUAGUAGUUGUAAAAAACGCUGGGCAUGCGGCCAAUCUAGAGAAGUCCAAAGAGGUGUGCAAGAGCAUCGUUGAUUUUUUUCAGGAACCGGCUCCAAGUGCUUCAAUUGAGGGAAAGGAGGUCAAGCAACAAUGAUGGUUGGGAAUUCUGAGCUAGGACAUCUUGUGCCUUGCUCACAAUUUUGCCGUAUCCUUGGCUCUUGAACUGUUCUAACCUGUAAUUGUAACAAAGCCUUUGUAAUCACACGGACCAUAGAAGUCUCUCUUGUAAAACGUCUGAGGACUCUUUGCUCAAAGAAACAAACUUUUGACCUGUGAAA